GCCGCUGGGAGCGCGCAUGCGCUGAAUUGGAGCCUGUUGGGUAGUGGGAGCUAGUGGGGUGGCGUAUCCUGAGUUCACCGCUCUCUGUGGAGAUGCCCAGCCGUGGGUCUCAACCCGAGGACGGCGCUGCGCUGUCCUCUGCAGAUAACUCGACCCCGCACAAGGAGGAUCUUAGCAGCAAGAUUAAAGAACAAAAAAUUGUUGUGGAUGAACUUUCUAACCUGAAGAAGAACAGGAAAGUAUAUAGGCAGCAACAGAACAGCAACAUAUUCUUUCUUGCAGACCGAACCGAAAUGCUUUCUGAAAGCAAAAAUAUAUUGGAUGAACUGAAAAAAGAAUACCAAGAAAUAGAAAACUCAGAGAAGACCAAAAUCAAGAAAUAAUAUUUUAUUUUCUCAAGAAA